AUGCCUGAAGUCACCGACGAUACCCCAGUGCACCUCACCGAGAUCGACAUCGACCUCGACGUGCAAGAAAUCCUCCUCGCAGCCUCACAGCACGACCAGUCCAAGCUGCGCCGCCUCCUCCGCACCGAAUCCGGGCUACCAGACGCCGCAAAUGUCAAAGACCCCGAGACCGGCUUCUCACCUUUACACGCCGCGAUUGCCGCCUGCGAGCCCGAAACAGACACCCCCAACGGCCUGGAUGCCGAUACCGUCAAGGCCGCAGUAGAGACAGUCAAGUUCCUACUGCAAGAGGGCGCUAUCUGGAACGACCUCGACAAGAACAAUGAGACACCGGGCUGUAUCGCGCGACGAAUCGGUGCUCUCGAUCUAUACGAGUUGAUCGUGGACGCGGGCGUACGCGCAGAGUUACUGCUGAACCGUCUGGACGCCUACGAGGAGCUGUCUGAUGGCGACGAUGAAGACGAGGAGGUGCAGGUCCAGGCCGAGACCGAACCCGAGACUGAGACAGCACCUGAAUUAGUCGACGCCUCCGCACCCUCCACAGCCACACCGGCUAACCCAGACGUGUCGAACCCACAAUACCUAGAGUCCCGGCUGAACAUCCAGAACGACCGCAUUCUGGACGCAGACCGGAACGGCGUGAUGAUGCGGUGGGAAAGCGAGAUCAUGCGCAAGUCCGCGACGGCACUUCUCCCGACACCGGGACUGAAAGUGCUGAAUAUCGGACACGGGAUGGGUAUUAUCGAUAAGUUUUUCCAGGAGCAAGGGCCGGCUGUGCACCACAUUGUCGAGGCGCAUGAGGAUGUUGUUGUGGAGAUGAAGAAGCGCGGAUGGGACAGCAAGCCUGGUGUUGUUAUUCACCAGGGUCGCUGGCAGGAUAUUCUUCCUGGGCUUGUGGCGGCUGGGGAGACAUUUGAUGCUAUUUACUACGAUACUUUUGCGGAGUCGUAUGGUGAUUUCCGGGAGUUCUUCUCUGAACAGGUUAUUGGGUUGUUGGAGCAGGAAGGUCGGUGGGGAUUUUUCAAUGGGAUGGGUGCUGAUCGACAAAUCUCUUACGAUGUCUACCAGAAGGUGGCGGAAAUGGAUCUGUUCGAGGCUGGGUUUGAUGUGAAGUGGGAGGAUAUUGCUGUGCCCAAGUUGGACGGUGAAUGGGAGGGUGUGCGUCGGGCUUACUGGGUUGUCGAUAACUACAGAUUGCCGCUGUGCAAGUUCAUGGACUAA